CACAGGGACGUGGAUUGCUGACUGCGGACACUCUCUGUUUACUUGACGAUGACUCUGCAGGCUGGUGCGCUCUGCUACUGCACUCUUUUUGUUUUACUUUAGCAAAUAAACCAAAGAUCGGAUGCACUAAAUUCCUUCUUUCGUGCGUAAUAGCCGCGCGGUAAGGCUACGGUGACGCGUUUUGCCUUUCAUCAUUGAGAGCGGGGCAAGUUUUCAAAGGCACCGAUGAGCUACUGUCGGAGUGAGACUUUGGCAUCUGAGGGUACCUGUUGGAAUUAAAAAAUAUAUAUACAAACGUUACUUUAAAGGGAAACUGGAUCGGUCCGUGUUCAGUGGAUUUUUUGCGCCUUGGUGACCCUCUUGUGGUGUGGUAUGACGGUGGAAACGAUGUUUUCAUGCAAUACGAGUGCCAUAAAGGACUGGAGCUACUUUCUGUCUCAGAUAUUGCCUUUGAUGAAUAAAACUACAGCCUCCGCUUUGUCGAUGGUCAACAUCGACAAGGCGGAGGCUGUGACGACCACUGUGGUGACAUCCUUGCAGCCGGACGGCGCCAUGAGCGCGAGUAAUCCCCCUAUCGACUCCAACCAUACCUCGGGCAUGGAGCACGUCUUUCAGUACUCGUACUCGGAGAGUGACCUGCUGUACACGGACUAUCGGACACCGGAGAGAGAUCCCAUGCCUCUUCCCAAAGCGGUGCUCUAUCUGGUCAUGGCAGCUCUGGUAGUAGUGGCAGUGGCGUAUGCGAUAGUUGGACACCUGGUCAAAGAUGUGGUGAAUGACUUCGUCGGUGGAGGCAGGUCGAUUGUUGGGGAAGGUGAUGGUACAGACACCAGUGAACCAGACUGGGUGUUUGGCUCUCGCCGUGCUGCCAACCGCAACAAGACCGAGGUUAACUCAAUCACCAACACCAUGAAUGAGAUGAGUGAGAGGCCCCCGCUGGUGGAAAUGAGCUACAUAUCCCUGAACCACACCAACCAUCUGAGCUCCAACAGACAGGAGGAGGUAGUGGUCACCAUAGAUGAGACACUACAGCAGCAACCUCCAAACACUCCCUCUGGGACUUAACUGCAACCUUCUGAUCUUCACUGAGAGAAAUCAAGCAGCAUCUUUGCUUGCUUUUUGUGUUAAAGUGGAUUUACAAGUCUGACACAAAUGGAAGCUUUAUCCACUGUUUCUUCACCUGCAGGUGGCUGUGUAAUGUUGGGCCAGAAGGUACUUGGAGGCAUGAGAUGCUGAUGUUUGUAUGUGACUUGAUUCUUUUUGGCUGAAAUGACAGAUGAGGGCAGCUACAGCUUGUUUGGACAAGCAGCCGGAGAGACAACUGUUAUUUUUUCAUGCUUAGUCCUCAUCGUGCCAACCCUUUUAUUUCUCCAAGUUACCCCUCAUCCAUUUAAAAUGAAAACACCAAUGCAAACAAUAUUUAAUCGCUCUAGAUAUACAACACAUGGUGGUCAGUGCUUAUUGUAACAUUUCUGAUAGCAAAGUGAAAAACUUCACCCUCAUGAGAACAGUUAGAUUAACACUUUUGUCAUUUUCGCUGAGGCUGAGAUGAGGUUUUGCAUAAUCUAUAUAAAUUUGUAUCUCUUUCUAUAUGAUGAUACUGUAAUUACCAAAGGCAAGUCUAUCCCUAAAGAUUAAAUAAAAUCAUUUGGUAGUUUCAUGGUAUUAGCUUGAUGUAAGAGGAAACAAGUGCUAAGUCACCUUCAAGAGCUCUGAUUAUACCUGCUAACAACUCUCAAAAAAUGUGCAUUGCUUUUAAUGUCAUUAUUGGUUACAUGUCACAUGGAAUGGCUUUUGUCAAAGCCUUUGUUUACCUUUAUUACCUCACUGUUAAGGGCUACAUACUGCUGCUGAUGACACUGCUCACAGAUACAAAUAAUGGGGCUUAUUUCUCCUUUGCAUGUGGUCCUUAUCCUCUGCACACAUGGAUCUACUAUAAACAGUAUCUUUGAAGGGUCUGUUCUACCUAAAAGUACUGAUGUCAGAACUCCAAUUUUCUCUCUCAUUUAUAAUAGGUUUGAAUAAAAGGUUCGAGGAACAGGCGUCUGGUUCACAUCAACAAGAUCUUAGUUUGUCCCUUCCCCAAUCUGCAAGACUUUUUUUUUCUUGUUCCUCAAACAUGUU